AUGGCGUUGCGGUUCAAUCCAGCCUCGGCUGGGAUGCUGGCGUCCUUGGCCGCUUUGCCCGUGGAGCCGACACCAGCGGCUGCGGAAAAAGGAGCAACAGCAGCAUCGUUGCCCAUCUCGUCACCGGCUCGUGCCCAUACAACAAAAUCAAAAGGCGCCAGCACGUCCAAAACCCGCGCUCUCCUCGUUCGACGCGCCCCCGAAGCCAAAGUUGAAUAUAUCGAGGUCGCCGACUCGGUCCCUGGCUUUUCGCUCUUGGCUCUUCGCGAUCAUGUCUAUUCAACCCCGUCAUCGACGCUGCACUCGCUCUUGCCUCAUCAAAGUCAUGCCCUGGUGUCUGGCUUGCAGCUCAGUCUGGUUGAUCGGCUCGAGGACCUUUAUGUUCGUUCCUCUCGUCACACGUCUCGCACCUGGUCGUCAAAGGGUCCUUUCAGCUUGGAACACCUCAAGUUUUCGUCUCGUCUAAUCCGGCGCUUCUGCCUUCAUCUUGCUUCGGCACAGUUUGAGGAGAUUGCCCUGUAUCCCGUCAAGGAGACUGCGCCCGCCAUGCCCGGUUUUCACAUUGUCACGCGCUCAGAGGCACGCAACCUCCUUCUGGAACUUGCCAACGACGCCGGCAAUGGUCGCUACCUCUUGCGCCCCAGCGAACAAACUCGAUUCUAUGUUCUCUCGGUCUUGUACGAUAUCCUGCGCUGGCAUCGUUCAUUGCCCAUUUCCCGCAACAACAUUGCAUUGCAUUCCACCAGUCGGCCCCCAUGCCUCACGCCCAGGCCGUGGUGCCUCAGGUGGUGUGGCACCGUAUACAAUUUUCGCAUCGAGACGGCACACGACCGCGCCGGCAACCCCGGAUAUAGCGUGGGCGCCGAGUGGCAUCCACGACUCGCUUCGCUUCUGAGAUACUACCAGACCCAUGAUCUCAAGUACACGAGCGAGGCCGGGGAACCAGGCUGCUUGCGCCUUACAUCGGCCGUGACGGCACCUGAGCUGCAUCGGUGCCGCGCUCGUCGCAGUAUGCCACAGUGGCGUGCCCUGGAGGACAGCACUGGUACCUCCUACCUCAACGUGCUGACGGGUGUACGACAGCGUGCGUUGCCUGAAGACUAUCCUGGAAGCUACCUCGUGCGCACAGAGGCGGGCAAGCGUACUGACAUUGACGGCUCACGUCGGGAUGAUGUGCCACCAUGGCUUAGCGUCACCGGCCCGACCACGACCGAGGCUUUGCAGUCACAUUCUGUCUUGACCCACCCGGCGCCUGAUCAAGAGACUGAUGGCGUAGCUUCAAGAUGUGCUGCUGUGAUACCACCUCCCCCACUUGCGGGAACGUCAGAAUUGGCGGCAACAGAUGAAGAUGUCUCAGAGUGUUUGGCGCCGCCCCCGCCGGCCUUUGCCGCGUCACCCAUGCAACUGGCGCCCACCGCCACAAAAGCCCUUGAGGAGUUUGAGGAGCUGGGUGAUGACGCCUGGAGCAUGCCGCCACCACCCCCCGUGCUUUCUCCUUGUGCGGCCUCGCCGCCGCCACCACCACCUCGGGCUGAUGGUGUCCACCAGGUGAAGACACAGGCAACAGCGGCGGGGCUGGUGCCACCCCCUGCUCCACGACCGCCCACGCCACCAGCGCUGCUAUCCACGCCGCAGAGCAGCCGUGAGGCCGUCCCGGCCACCGGGCCUUCGGGUCUUCUGUCCCCAGCCGUUCUCUCUCAAGUCAAGCUGCGACCCAUUUUGUCCGAGCAGCCUGUUGACUCGCCACGCGUCGCGCAGCCCUGUACAAUGGUCUCAGCACUGCAGCGAGCUUUGGCCACUCGUCGCACGGCAUUGGCCUUGGACAAGGAGAACGAGGGUGAUUUCGAGGACGAUGAGGAAUGGAUUUAA